UCGGCGCUUCUCGAGAGGGAGCUGGUGACUUCCGGCAAUAAUCGGGGGACGCGGCCGCCGCUUGUCAGGAGAACUAUGCCAUUUUUGGGUCAGGACUGGAGAUCUCCUGGAUGGAGUUGGAUUAAAACGGAAGAUGGCUGGAAAAGAUGUGAAUCCUGUAGCCAGGAACUUGACAGUGAGAAUCAGUAUAACAUCAAUCACAGCAUUAUCUUAAAUAGUGAAGAUGAAGAAAUAUUUAAUGAAGAAUGUGAAUAUACAUCCAAAAAGAGGAAAAAGGACCAUUUUAGAAAUGACAUAAAUACUCAAUGUUUUUACCGUGAAAAAUGGAUCUAUGUCCAUAAAGAAAGCACAAAAGAAAGGCAUGGCUAUUGUACUUUGGGAGAAGCUUUUAAUCGCUUGGAUUUUUCAAGUGCAAUUCAAGAUAUCCGAAGGUUCAAUUAUGUGGUCAAACUACUGCAGCUAAUUGCAAAAUCCCAAUUAACUUCUUUGAGUGGUGUGGCACAAAAGAAUUAUUUCAACAUUUUGGAUAAAAUAGUUCAAAAAGUUCUCCACGACCACCAAAAUCCUCGCCUAAUCAAAGACCUUCUCCAAGACCUAAGUUCUACACUGUGUAUUCUUAUUAGAGGAGUAGGAAAGUCUGUACUGGUGGGAAAUAUCAAUAUUUGGAUUUGCCGAUUAGAAACGAUCCUUACCUGGCAACAACAGCUACAGAAUCUCCAGAUGACUAAGCAAGUGAACAAUGGUCUUACACUUAGUGAUCUUCCUUUACAUAUGCUGAACAACAUAUUAUACAGAUUCUCAGAUGGAUGGGACAUCAUCACGCUAGGUCAAGUGACUCCAACUUUGUACAUGCUCAGUGAAGACAGACAGUUGUGGAAGAAACUUUGCCAGUAUCAUUUUGCUGAAAAGCAGUUUUGUAGACAUUUGAUCCUUUCAGAAAAGGGUCAUAUCGAAUGGAAGCUGAUGUAUUUUGCACUUCAGAAAUAUUACCCAACGAAAGAACAGUAUGGGGACACGUUACAUUUUUGUCGGCACUGCAGCAUUCUCUUUUGGAAGGACUACCAUCUUGCUUUAUUAUUCAAGGACUCAGGACACCCCUGCACUGCCACGGACCCAGACAGCUGUUUCAUGCCUGUGUCUCCUCAGCACUUCAUUGACCUCUUCAAAUUUUAAAUGCAGCCCCAACACUCCAUCCUCAUUGCUUUCUCUGUUAAAGGCUGUACAUUGUGCUUAUUUAUGCAAUAGCUGAUUGUAAAUGUUCUUUGUGUUUAAAAGUAAUAACUUGAUGGCAGGCCUGAGUGUUAAAGAAUAUGAAAAAUCAUCCCUCAUUAAUUAUAGGGUAGGAAUGUAAUGUUGUAUAUUUUUAUCUUAAAUGGGAUCAUGAAAUCCAAGCAAAAUAAUUGUUACUUCCUUUUUGGUGUUUCUUCUAAGCAUAUUAAAGUUUUAAAUUUAACAUAUUUAUAAAUAUGCUUCAGAAAAGAUUUUGAAUUUUCAGAAUCACAGUCUGUGCUGAACUGACACUAAUGGCCAAGAAUAUUCUUCUUAAUUAUCACACUGUAAUUUCCCAAUUUUAUAAUAAUUUUGGGGUGGGAGGACAAAACAAGUGAUCCUUGUAAAUACAUUCUGCAGAAUAUUUAUUUUUCUUAAAAUGUAUUUUAACAACUGUGUUGGCUGUGUCUAAAUGAGUCCUUUUUGAAUACAACAUGCAUAUAGGGAAGUAUUAGCCAUAAUCUGUGUUGGUGUUUAUCAAUUGGGUUAUGAAUUGUGCCAAAUGUUUUUAGCCUAAGAGAGAUGUGAGUGAUAUUGCUGUGUUCCUAGGUGCUCAACAACACAUGCUGACGGCCAGGGACCGCUGCUUCGGCAAAGCUGCUGUGUGUGCACAGCUGAGCUAUGCAGAGGGGGGUGGGACCAGAUGCAACCACUAAGCAUUUGCCAAGACCAAGUCAUGAACAGCCAAAUGUAUUCUAACUUUCCUUGUAUUGAAGCUACUUUUGUAGUCUAAUAAAUCAUGUUUACAUAUUAA